AUGGGGGGCAGCCCCGCUGGAGCCUCGAGGCCGGCCCGGCGGCUGGAACGGCGCCUUGCGGGAGGCUCCCGGGCUCCUGAGGGGGCCGUGCGGCGGAGCCGGGCCUCCCCCGUUCCCCGCCGGCCGCACGUGGCGGCGCCCGACGCCGAGGCGGCUCCGCGGGGCGGCGGGGACCGAGCGGCCCCUCACGGGGGACGGCCCCUGCCCAGCCCCAGGAAGGCUUUUGGCCUUAACUUUUUGACUUCCCUGAGCAAACUAAGGAUUCCAAACCUCUACCCAUCAAGCCAAGUAGAAAUAGUUCAAUCCAAUGUUGUCUUUGAUAUCAGUAGCCUCAUGUUGUACGGAACCCAAGCCAUCCCUGUGCGCCUUAAAAUUCUGCUUGAUCGGCUUUUCAGUGUUCUGAAGCAGGAAGAGGUGAUACAGAUUCUCCAUGCUCUGGAUUGGACACUGCAGGAUUAUAUACGUGGAUAUGUGCUACAGGAUGCUUCAGGAAAGGUGCUGGAUCACUGGAGCAUAAUGACCACUGAAGAAGAACUGGCUACUUUGCAGCAGUUCCUUCGCUUUGGAGAAACUAAGUCCAUUGUAGAGUUAAUGGCAAUUCAAGAGAAAGAAGGGCAGUCGAUCAUAAUACCACCACCAACUGCCAAUUUGGAUAUUAGGGCAUUCAUUGAGAGCUGCAACCCACACAGUCCUAAUUUUUCUGCUUCCUUGGACAAAAUGAGUCCCACCAACAUUCAUCCUUUUGAGAAUCUUGUAAAUAACAUGGCUUUCAUGCUGCCGUUUCAGUUUUUCAGCCCAGUGCCUCCACCUUUGAUAGGUUCACCGCCAGAAAGACAUUUGAUUGAGCAAGGUCAAGAGCAUUGCAACGAAACCAAACAAGAUCUUCAGAUACCAUUUUCUGAAAGCAGUUUCUUAACUUCUAGUUCUGCACCAUUUCAAGUUGAAAAUGAGAGGAGCAUAAAUGGCCCAGAUAUCACUAAAACAGAAGAUGAUGCCCUUUUAAGUGAUUCCAGUUCACAUAAUACAGCAGCCAAGCUUGAAAUGGCAGCACUAUCUCCAGAAAACAAAAUGAAAUCUGUUGAAAAAAAUGCUGGGCCAAGGAAAGGGCGUGUCUUCUGCACUGCAUGCGAAAAAACAUUUUAUGAUAAAGGUACUUUGAAAAUACAUUACAAUGCUGUUCAUCUGAAGAUAAAGCACAAAUGCACCAUUGAGGGCUGCAAUAUGGUGUUCAGCUCUUUGCGUAGUCGAAAUCGUCAUAGUGCGAAUCCUAACCCCAGACUGCAUAUGCCAAUGAACAGAAAUAACAGGGAUAAGGAUCUGAGAAAUGGUUUGACCAUUGCUGGACCUGGAGACAGUAAAAGGACAGAAUUCACAAUUUUAACUCCGGAUAGCAGAACUAUUUCCAGCUAUGCCAGCUCUUGUACAGAUUCAAAAGGCCAAGCUGGAUUUUCCAGUAUUGGACACAACGGUGUCCUCUUUCCAAACCUGAAGACAGUACAGCCUGUUCUUCCGUUUUACCGUAGCCCAGUCACACCAGCCGAGCUUGCCAAUACUCCAGGUACUCUUCCUUCUCUGCCUCUUGUUUCUUCCUCCAUACCAGAGCAGCUUGUUUCCAAUGAAUUGCCAUUUGACAUGCUCCCCAAGAAGAAGUCUCGUAAGUCCAGUAUGCCCAUUAAGAUAGAGAAAGAAGCCGUUGAGACACCCAAUGAAAGUAGUGAUGUUGCCAGCUCUGAAGAUGAGUCACGCCUGCAGGGGGUAAGCGAUGGAGAGCUUGAGACCUGUGAGCAUAAGAUAGAGAAGCGGGUGACCGACAGGGUGGAAAAGCACCCCCAUUCAGGUAAUUCAUGGAAAUCUCUCUCUGGGGUAGAGGGCCCAAAGUAUUUUGAAUCUGUCUUUGCACCAAAUAACAAAUACAUCGAGGAUAUCUCUGAGAAUGAAUUGCAACAUUGUGAGAAAGAGGUUAAACCAGAAGAAAACCAACCAUUAAAAAUAGUUUCCCAUGAAAUUAUGUAUGAAGAUUCAAAACACCACCACAGUGAUGUUAUAAAACCAAUGACUGAACCCCCCAUGUAUAUUAAAGAGCAGUCACAGCACAGGAUUCCUAAAAAUGACUGCCCUGAAUUGCAACACCACUUGCUGACUGGGGGCUUUUUCAGCACUUUGUCAAACAGGGGUGCUGCCAUUCCUUGUUUUGAAGACUCUAAAGAUAUGGAUCAUGUCAGUCAACAUGCACUAGGGAUUCAGAAGGACGAAAGCCGCUUUCAUUGUGACAUCUGUAAGAAGACUUUUAAAAACCCUUACAGUGUAAAAAUGCAUUUCAAAAAUGUACAUCUCAAAGAAAUGCAUAUUUGCACAGUUGAGGGCUGUAAUGCUGCUUUCCCUUCUCGUAGAAGUCGAGACAGACAUAGUUCAAACCUAAAUCUUCAUCAUAAACUUCUGACUAAAGAUACACUGGAAUUCAACAACCAUUUCAAUGCAACAUACCUCUUGAAAGACAUGGCUAAGGAGUUUUGCCAAGAUGUCUCUUUAAAACAACACAUUGGACGUACUUCUGUAAUCUUCAAAGGAGUAAACAGAGCAGGCAGCUACAUUUUUCCAAUGAGCAAAAUUGCAGAACCCUGUUCUGAGAGUUAUGGAUACGAUCCAUUAAAUGAUGGAGCUGUUCUGGAUCUAAGCACUACUUCCAGCGUUAAAUCUGAGAGCAGUGCUCAUUCUUCUUGGGAUUCUGAUGGAGGAAGUGAGAUAUGCACCAUGCCCUUGGAUGAUAGUGAUGAAAGCUGUGAAGGACCCAGCCUAAUGCCCAAUGAUGAACUCUACCAAGACUGUUCUCUAAUUGAGAAAGCUAAUCAAAACUUUAUAAACUUGCCUUCCAGUCUGCCAAUAACUUGUCAUAUAUGUCAGAAAACAUACAGUAAUAAAGGAACUUUCAGGGCUCAUUACAAAACUGUGCAUCUCCGCCAGCUCCACAAAUGCAAAAUCCCGGGUUGCAACACAAUGUUUUCAUCUGUUCGCAGUCGGAACAGGCACAGUCAAAACCCCAAUCUGCACAAAAGUCUGGCUGGGUCACCAACUAGCUUACAGUAA